UGGGUGGAUGUGGUCAUUGAUGACCGUUUACCCACCAGAGACGGAAAGCUGCUGUUUGUUCACUCAGAGGAAGGCUCAGAGUUCUGGGGAGCUCUGCUUGAAAAGGCUUAUGCUAAAGCGAAUGGCUGCUAUGAGGCCUUGUCAGGAGGAAACACCAUAGAAGGGUUUGAGGACUUCACUGGCGGCAUCGCAGAGAUCUUCACCCUGAGCAAGGCUCCGCCUCAACUCUUCAAGAUCAUCCAGAAGGCUCUACGUCUGGGUUCACUGAUUGGCUGCUCCAUUGCUGUCACCAGUUCCUACGAGACAGAAGCCAUCACAACCCUAAAGCUUGUGAAGGGACAUGCGUACAGCCUAACUGCAGCAGAAGAGGUAAACGUUCGUGGACAGCAGGUUCAGCUCGUCCGCAUCAGGAACCCAUGGGGUCAAGUGGAGUGGACCGGGCCUUGGAGUGAUGGAUCCAGGGAGUGGAGCUACAUCAGUGAAGAUGAGAAGUCAAAGCUUAACAAAGUGGCUGAAGAUGGAGAAUUCUGGAUGUCAUACUCAGACUUC